AGAACAAAAAAAAAAAAGGAGAUAUCUUUUAGCAUUAGGAUAUACUACCGAUGAGAUUUAAUUCGAUGAAGAAGUAAAGAUACAUAAUAAACAAAAAGAUACAUAUUUAUUCGAUACAUAUCCUAUUUACAUAAACUCCCAUAGUACCCCUAUGAAAAAGAAAGAUUAUACAAAUGAUUAAACUUAAUAUACUUCCGGUUAUCCUAGAAAAUGAAUUUGAACGAUUGGCGCGACGGAAGGACGUGAAUGCGCUUGCGCAAAAGCGCAAUGGUGUCCAACGGUGGCGCCAGCUGACAGCGGAGGAAAACGGAAUCGCACGAGACCGGCCGAAGUUCUCAGUCGCGGUCGCCAUUUUGUCGGGUAGUCAUCGGGUUCGUCGUGUUUCUCUCGGCUGCUGUGUUUUUGGUGGACGUAACCGCCGAAAAAUUUGGGGCACAGCAGACUCGGCCGUUUUCACCCCAAAUGGCUUGCUUGAACACGUUAAAGCAGGAGAUAAAAACCCUCGAGUCCGUCUUCCCAAAGAGCCAUGAGAGAUUUCAAAUAAUGUCUGCGAGCGUGGACGAGCUCAGCUGCAGGUUCGUCGGUAAAAAUGGGAAGAAAUACGAAAUACACGCCAAUAUAACAGAAACGUAUCCCUCCACACCACCAGUAUGGUUCGCAGAAUCCGAAGAGACCAGUGUCACCAAUGCAGUACAGAUUUUAAGCAACACCACUGGUCGCGACAACCAUGUAAUCAAUCAAGUUGGAAUCCUCCUUAAAGAAUUAUGUCGGCUUCAUUCUUUACCAGAACCACCAGACGUGGAACGACUAAGAACAGCAUUGGACCCAUUAAGAUUAGGUGGAGCUAAUGAAGCUAUGGCGCAAAGAAUGGAAGCUGAAGAUACUGAAGAUAUUGACGAAGAUGAAGAAAGCGAAGCGGAAGAAGAUCUUCAUUUAGAUAUGGAUGAAGGUGACGCGAAUUCAAAGACCAAGGGGGAAGAAAUGGAUUUAGAGCACCUUGCGACGCUAGAAAGGUUGAGACAGAAUCAGAGACAAGAUUACUUAAAGGGAUCUGUUUGUGGAAGCGUACAAGCAACAGACAGGCUAAUGAAAGAACUGAGAGACAUUUACCGAAGUGACAGCUUUAAGAAAGGAAUGUACAGCAUAGAAUUAGUAAAUGACAGUUUAUACGAAUGGAACAUUAGGUUGAUGUGUGUUGAUCCUGAUUCGCCUCUCCAUAGCGAUCUCAUUCUUCUUAAAGAAAAGGAAGGCAAAGACAGUAUUCUUCUUAACAUGCUUUUUAAGGAAACUUAUCCAUUCGAACCACCGUUUGUAAGAGUCGUACAUCCCAUCAUAUCGGGUGGAUACGUCCUCGUAGGUGGUGCUAUUUGUAUGGAACUUCUUACGAAACAGGGCUGGAGUUCGGCGUAUACGGUAGAAGCGGUAAUAAUGCAAAUUUCUGCGACGCUGGUAAAAGGAAAAGCACGCAUACAGUUUCAAGGCUCAGGUGGUGCUGGUAAAGUGUGCGGUGGACAAGGGCAAUACAGUUUGGCUCGCGCGCAACAAUCGUUUAAAUCGCUCGUACAAAUACAUGAAAAGAAUGGUUGGUUUACUCCACCGAAGGAGGAUGGCUAAUGAAUAAAUAUUAUUGAGGAGCAAAAUAUGACGCGUGCUUACAGCUGAGACUUUAAUUCGGUGUGUGCCCAACAAAUAAUUGUUACGAUAAUGAUUUGAUACACAAACACAUUACCUAGGUAACUUAAGAUACUGAAUUAAUCUAACGCAUAAUUCCUUUGAUGGCUGAGAAAAGGCUGCCGCGCAAACGGUGACAUGUUUGGUUUUGUAUGCAUAGAUUUUUCAGUAAUUAGGCAUUUAGAGAUCGUAUAUGAUCGCUUUGACGAAUGUGAUUUAUACGAUCUUUUAUCUCUCAUUUGGAAUUUAUAAUCAUUCUUUAAAAAUGCCAAUUGAUCUUCGAAAGAAACGAGAUAAUCCUUA